AUGAAAGCUCCGCUCCUGUCUCGCUUUGAUCUCGUUCUCAUCCUGCUGGACCGGCCAGAUGAAGAAAGAGAUCGACUGCUGUCGGAGCAUGUAAUGAACUCUCAUGCACGCGGCACGCGCAAGUCGAGGAAGCGCGGGCGAGAAAAUUGUACAUCGAUGAGCUCAUGGACCUCUAGCAAGUGUGCUGACACUCCACCGUCACGCAGUUACGAAGAAGCGGCAGCGUCUGGUCAUCGCAUGCUAUCGCACCGUCUCCGUCAAAACGCGUCCGAGUUCAGCAUGAACCCCAUACCGCUCUACUUUGUGCGCAAGUUCAUCGCCUAUGCUCGCCGGUACGUGCAUCCGCGUCUAUCGCCUGAGGCUGCAGCCGUGCUUCAAAAGAAGUACUUGGAGAUGCGUUCAGCGGGUGAGGGCCAGCACAACUCGACGGACAGCGUUCCCAUAACCACACGGCAGCUCGAAUCGUUGAUACGUCUCUCACAAGCACGUGCUCGAGCGGAACUCGCCGAAACAGUCUCGGUCGAGCAUGCACAAGACGUCGUUGAGAUCAUGCAAGAAUGUUUGCUGGACACGUCCGUCGCUGAAGACGUCAGCCUCGACUUUGGCCGCAGUGGAGGAAUGAGUCUGGCCAAGAAAGUGAAAGCGUACGUCGCACGACUGAUGAAAGCUGCAGCCAGACGCAACACGUCUCUCUUCUCCAUGGACGACUUGCUCGAAGUGGCCGAUAGCAUGGCGCUAAAGGUGGACGACUUUCGAGAUUUCGUGGGCAUUCUACGCAACGAGUGUUACUUGUUGAAGAAAGGUCCGAUGCAGUACAAAGUGCAAGCAUCCUCGUAUAACAUGAUGUAA